AUGGCUCACCAGUCUGCAGCGCAUUGGGUUUUGCUCUUCACCAAGCCAGGCACUGGCUUGCGACAGAAGCUCCAAAAGAAGGUAGCAGCAACGGAGAGCCUGCUGCGCCACCUGCAUACGCGCAUAGAAGGAACUGAGAGCAUGAAGCGAAAAGUGACCCAAUCAGUUGGGCACCUUGAACGUGAGCAACAAUCGCUGGAAGAACCUGCAAUCAUUUGCGAAAGGAGGCUUUUGAUUCGAGAGCAGCGGCCAGAUGGGGACACGGAGGAGCGUAGCUGA